AUGUCUGGGGUUGGAGGAUGGAGGGAAGGCAGUAGGUACAGGAUGGCAGAUACCUCCAGUACCCCAUUUUCCUCUCGAGGUUACCUCUGGGAUGGCAACAAUAAAGCAGAGGAGGCUGAAAACCCUCAGCAGCUGACAACACCUGUAGAGGAGCGAAGUGGCCAAGCAUCAGCCUACCAACAACAGCAAGAGCAGCAUAUAAAACCGUAUGUCUUGAUAACUCCAAAUGAAACCAGAAGAAACCAGUUGCAACAAAUUGCUAAGAAAGAGCUUGAUGACCUGGAGCGGUGGAAGGAAGAGCACAGGCCAGGGCCAAUUAAGCUGGUUCCACAGAGACUGGGUGGAAAGGAAUCAGAGGCUCAAGCAAGGACAAAACAGCAAAUGAUGCUCAUGCAAUCUAAAUACCAGCAAAAGCACAAGAGAGAAAAAUAUGUAGAAGCAAAAAAGGCAACUGAAAAAGCUGAAAUCCUGAAGAAGAAAGCUAUUCAGAGAGAAAAG